AUGGAGUCUCAUCCCACCAGAAUAGUCAUUUAUGCUUGCGUUACCGAUAUAGAUGGUUUUCCCCAACGGCGCCAUGUCAAAAUUGGGGAAGACUUUUGUGACAUUAUGUUAAAUCGUGCAUUCAAUCCUACACUUCACCCAGCGGGUUACGACCACAUUCAUAUUCCGGCUGACUUCGACUCACCCAAGCCUCUUAAAAGAUGGUUUAUUCUUGAUUUGGAUGUUACUGAGCCACUGAACCAGGAGGAUUUUUUGCAACUUCCCCAUCAGGUAUACCUUGCAAGUCAACAAAGUGGCAAACUAUCCUUCAUCCCUCGCGAUCGAUGGGCUGAAAAGGCAAAGGACAGGGCUGCUUCGUAUACUUGGGGGGGUAAACAGGAGCAAAAGAUUGUUAAAAACAUGCAGAAAGUGAUCAAUAACAAGGCGGAAUAA